ACCACCACCCACCGCUCAUUCUCCACCAUGCUGCGCACCCUCCGCUCCACCCGCGCCGUGCUGCGUGCGCCCGCUGCGCCGCAGCAGCAGCGCCGCGCGCUCUCCAUCCACGAGUACCAGAGCAUGGAGCUGCUCGGCAAGUACCAGAUCCCCGUGCCGCGCUCCGUCGCCGCGCACUCGCCCGAGGAGGCCUUCAAGGCCGCGCAGAGCUUCGAGGGCAAGGGCAUGGUCAUCAAGGCACAGGUGCUUGCCGGCGGCCGCGGCAAGGGCCACUUCGAGGGCGGCCUGCAGGGCGGCGUCCACCUCAUCAAGACCGCUGAGGAGGCGCGCGACUACGCGUCCAAGAUGAUCGGCCACAAGCUCAUCACCAAGCAGACGGGCGCUGGCGGCCGCAUCUGCAACGCCAUCAUGCUGGCCGAGAUGCGCGCGCCGGCACACGAGUACUACGUGGCCGUGCUCAACGACCGCGCCACGCAGCUGCCCGUGCUCGUCGCCUCGAACCAGGGCGGCAUGAACAUCGAGGACGUGGCGCGCGACACGCCCGACGCCAUCAUCACCACGCCCAUCGACUUUGAGAAGGGCCUGACGAACGAGAAGGCCCUCGAGGUCGCGGCCAAGCUCGGCUUCAGCUCCAAGGAGCUCGAGCAGUCGGCCGCCGACACGUUCAUCAAGCUGUACAACCUCUUCAAGGACAAGGACGCCACGCAGGUCGAGAUCAACCCGCUCGCCGAGAGCAAGGACGGCGCCGUGCUGUGCAUGGACGCCAAGCUUGGCUUCGACGACAACGCCGAGUUCCGCCAGAAGGACAUCUUCGACCUGCGCGACGUGUCGCAGGAGGACCCCGACGAGGUCGAGGCGGCCAAGAGCGGCCUCAACUUCAUCAAGCUGGACGGCAACAUCGGCUGCCUCGUCAACGGCGCUGGUCUCGCCAUGGCCACGAUGGACACGCUUAAGCUCAACGGCGGCAACCCGGCCAACUUCCUCGACGUCGGCGGUGGUGCCACGGCCGAGGCCGUCAAGACUGCCUUCGAGCUGCUGCUGUCCGCCAACCCGAAGUCGCUCUUCGUGAACAUCUUCGGCGGCAUCAUGCGCUGCGACGUGAUCGCAGAGGGCAUCAUCCAGGCCACCAAGGAGCUCGACAUGACGGUGCCGCUCGUCGUGCGGCUGCAGGGCACCAAGGAGGCCGAGGCCAAGCAGAUGAUCAAGGACUCGAAGAUGAAGAUCUUCGCGUUCGAUGACCUGGACGAGGCUGCUGCCAAGGCUGUCGAGGCGGCUGCCAAGGGCUCGCUCUAAGUGCUGCGCCCGGCAGAAGAUCUAUAUUAGAGGAGGAGGGAAUGAAAGAGCG